AGUAAGAAAUGAAUGAACGCGUAUUUUACUCGGUCGUAAGCAGGCCUCAUUUAAAUGGCUGCUUGGAGAGUUAUUCGUGAAUUUUCUCAAUGCAUCGCUAAUGAAAAUGUAUCACGCUCACUCAUAAACGUCAAUGAACGCGAAUGAGCGAGCGUAUACGCAGCAAUCGCGUACUUCUAUAUACUCAACAAUCGAUUCAGCCCCGAGCGCUGGCGGGUGUGUAACUUACGUCCCGGUCUAGACUCCAUUUUUAUAUCAGUAGAACACGUAUCAUCCGUUCGUUUAUAACCAAUAAUACAAACUUUUAACAAUGACACAUAUAUAGAUGCGUGCGGGAUCGGAUUCCUCUCACGUGGCGCGUCAGCUCCAGGAAAACAAGAGGUUACCUACAUAUGCAUAUCCGCCCGCGGGAAAUGCUACAUCAUUUGAUAAAUAAUCAUCGUCGUCGUGGUCUUGGCUCCGAAAUCCGCCGGCGCUCGCAAAUUAAUAUAGCUGCGUACAUACACGCGAGGAGCUAACCGACCGUCUGCUUCGACAGCUGGUGAUGUGGUCUCUAGUAUAUAAGCAGGUAGUGCGUUCGAGCGCACUACUAACCGCAGACAAAGUCGCUGGCUUGUUUAUGCUGAAAGGCCUGAGUGCAUUCGCGAUGUCCACCUUGAAGAAGCCCCAGGUUUUGUUCGUCCUCGGUGGUCCAGGAGCCGGUAAGGGCACCGUUUGCCAGAAUAUCGUCAAGAAGUACGGAUACGUUCACCUGUCAGCCGGCGACCUGCUGCGCGAGGAAAGAGCCAAGCCUGGCUCCCAGUACGGAGAUCUUAUCGAGUCACACAUUAAGAAUGGUACCAUAGUGCCUGUCGAGAUCACCUGCAGCUUGCUGGAUCGAGCCAUGCAGAACUCGCAAACCUCAUACAACAAGUUCCUGGUGGAUGGCUUCCCCAGAAAUGCGGAUAACCUUCGAGGUUGGACUAAGGAAAUGUCUGAAAAAGUGGAGGUCAAUGGAGUGCUCUUCUUUGAAUGCAGCGAAAAGACUUGUACACAGCGCUGUCUGAACAGAGGUGCCAAGGGAAGUGGAAGAAGUGAUGACAAUGCAGAGUCACUGAAGAAGAGGCAUGAAACUUACGUCAACGAUACUAUGCCUAUUGUUGAACAUUACAAGAAGGAAGGACUUGUUUAUAGUUUUAACGGUGAAAAAACACCCAAAGCAGUAUUUGCAGAUGUUGAGGAAACCUUAAAGAAAAUAGGUUGGUAGCUUUAGACACCAAUUGUAUUCAAUUUCAUACUAAUUUUGAUGGAGUCAUCAGGAUGAUGCAACAGUAAUUAUUGUUUUUAAAGGAUUUAUCAAACGAUAGUAUCAAAUGAAAUUAAUUUUUUUAUAAUAACUUUUAUUUUACUGAGAGAUAAGAACUAGAUAAAUUGUAACAUUCCUUGUACUGUAUCAAGAUUACUAUACAAGUACUGGACAUCGUUAGCUUGUGAUUGCGUGUACUGUUCAGUGGUACACGGUAUGACUUGUUUGUUGCUAAAGACAUGAAUAAUAUUGUUUGGUUUAGUCAAACUCUUGUGAAAUAUUAAGAGAUAUUUGUACCCACUUAGAACUUGGCAAGUCAAUAAAUUGUAAUUUUAAACAAUUACCAGUGCAACAUAUGUACUACUAGCAUAUGCUUAAUAAAAUAUUAUCAUGAUUACAAAUUUAUUUUA